UCGCCAGGUCAGAGCACUUGACACGUCACAGGCUCAUACAUACCAAAGAGAGACCAUUCUCUUGCCGAUACUGUGGACUAUCCUGCCAGCGUUCUGAUGAAGCGCGUGAGGACAGCAUGCGAAAACUGUCGAAGGCGGAAAGCUCGCUGUGAUGGCAGCGAACCGUGUCGUCAAUGUCAGCUUGCGGGCAUUACAUGCAACUAUCCUGUCCAACGCUCAUCUAGGGGAAGGAUAGAAGUAGAGAGAAACACCAGUCCGCCAGCGGAUUGCUUAGCCAGCGAUGCGAGGAGAGACAUAUAGCCAGCGAAGGUAAUGACCUUGCGCCCACUGCUAGCGCAACUUCGAGUUUGAGCACAUACACAUUCACAAAUCUCAAGCACUUGGAUAAACUAGAGCAACCACUUUU